UUAUAUAGUCUUUGCGAACACGUAAAGGAAUUACAAUUGAGUGGAAUCGUUUUGUCUGUCAGAUAUUUUAAUGUUGAUACGGUAUUUGUUUUAAAGAAACUUAAUAUUAUUUUGCGAAUACGUACGAUGUUACUAUUGAUGUCAAAUUUAUUAUUUCAAGAUUCUCAAGCACAAAACUCGACAAAUUUACUACUUAAGGUUAUGGUUUAAAGUACUUUAUACGUAUUUCCAGUAUAUAAUAACUAUAAGGAUCUCAGUUUUUUCCAGUAAUUAUGUGGAACUAUCUUGUUGUCAUUGCUGUUGUGUACUGUCUAAAUUCAGAUCGUUUUUUAUCUUGUACAAAAAAUAUAUAGACAAUAAAGAAUAUACCUAGUUAUUGAAUUUAUUGUUAUUUACAUUAUUUAAAUCAUUUUUUCGCUUAACAAAGCAUAAUUGGUGGCUGUUAGUAUAUUAGUAAAUUUUAUCCUGUAUUUACUUCUCUGUAUUUAAUGAUGAACAAAGCCCACAUAUGGCAGUAAUAUAUGUUAGUAUAUCUAAAGAUGCCACUUCUUAAGGACCAACGCUUCUGUUGAAGUGUUUGAGUUCAAGAGGCCUGCUAGGGCACAAUGAAAGCCAUUGUAUCAAUUACAUUCAUCUUACUACUAUAUGGGAUAAACUCAAUACCCAUUAAUGCUGUUAGAAUAUGUGCUAGCAGGAAGAAGAAUAUUGAUAAUCUUCCUUUAAAACAAAAUGCACUUAGUGUACCUGAAAAUAUACCCAACAACAGUAAUGUGGUUCAUACCAUAAAGGAUAAUGAUAUUAAAUUUGAAGAAUGUACCAAUUUCUGUCAUGCAUUAUGGCAAGAAGAUAAGACUGCAAAUGGAACAGAAAUUAUCAUUUUAUCUCAAGGUUGUUGGAAACAGUCUGGUGAACAAAAAUGUGAAACUUCAGAAUGUAUUGCUUUCCAACGCUCUACUAAAGCAUUAAACAACACAAAGUUCUGUUGUUGCCAUGGAGACUAUUGUAAUCUUAAUAUUAAUAGCACCAAUAUUUUGUAUUCUGAUAACAAAUUACAGAGCUCUGCCUCUACAGAAAACAAUCAACCAACAACUGAAUAUUUGGAACAACCAGAUUCUGGAAGAUGGAUCCUCAUUAUAACAAGUGUUCUGCUAUGCAUGUUUUUAGUAAUAUCUAUUGUAGUAUUGAUGGUGUAUCGUGUAUACCAUACAAAUAUGUUAGCAAGAUUAGGGAAACCACUUCCCUAUUCUGAUCAGUUUAUCGAUAGUACAGCCCUGAGAACUGGUACUUAUACAGUAGAUCAUUUGAAACUUACAGCAAUUGUAGGACAAGGACGUUAUGGAUCUGUAUGGCAAGGUAGUAUGGGAGAUCAAGAUGUUGCUGUAAAAAUAUUUCCUUCUCAUUAUCGUAAUUAUUUUCAAAAUGAACGAGAUACUUAUUGUCUUCCUUUUAUGGAACACCCAUCUCUAUUAAGUUACUAUGGUGUAGACGAGAGGGUUAGUAUGGAAGGCAGUGUUGAAUACCUGUUGGUACUUAGCUUUGCACCAGGUGGUACUUUAACAGAUUUCUUAAGAACUCAUAUAAUUGAUUGGAGUACGUUUUGCAAGAUGGGUCUGUCUAUGGUAAAAGGACUUGCUUACUUACAUACUGACAUACACAAAGGUGAUAAAUUCAAGCCGUGCAUUGCACACAGAGAUAUCAAUUCCAGAAAUAUAUUAAUCAAAGCUGAUGGUACUUGCUGCAUAUGUGAUUUAGGAUUGGCAGUUCAAAUAUCCGGUUCUAAAUACUACUCGAAUGGUGAAGAGCAACAUGCUGAAUUAAAAUCAAUUAAUGAUGUCGGCACUUUAAGAUACAUGGCACCGGAAAUAUUGGAGGGUGCUGUGAAUUUACGAGAUUGUGAAAGUUCUUUAAAACAAAUAGAUGUUUAUGCGAUGGGUUUAGUAUUAUGGGAACUGGUUUCAAGAUGUUCAGAUAUUUAUAUGCCAGGAUCAGAAGUACCUCCAUAUAGACAACCAUAUGAGAAAGAAAUCGGUCUUCAUCCCACUUUUGAACAGAUGCAAGUGUUAGUUUCUCGUAACAAAGCAAGGCCGUUACUAGAGGGUAAUUUAGUAGACAAACCUGGGGUACGGUUGAUUAAAGAAACUAUGGAAGACUGUUGGGACGCGGAUGCAGAGGCUCGAUUAACUGCUUUAUGUAUAGAAGAACGUCUUUCAGAGUUACAGUCUCAUCGUGUGACUGUGCACUUUGCCGAUGGAAGUCCAAUGGUAAAUUCCCAUUGCACUUUAGUGCCUUCAACUACAAACAGCCUUUACAGUGAAUCUUCCCAUCACGAUAAUGUUCACGUCGUUCAACAAACAUCGCACACGGUGCAGGACACUUCAAGCAACGAAGGUGGUUUUGUUGAAAAUUUAGUAACUCUAUCACCUUCUGAAAGUAUUGUCCACGAGCAUAGUUUUAAAAAUUCAAACGAAGUAGCAAUAUAUAACCAUACUCAAACACUUCAACCUUAUCAAGGUCGAAAUCCCUGUAUGGAAAGAAAUCUAAUGUUACAGUCAGAUUCGUUUGAAGAUCUAGGAUGUAAUGGUAAUGUACUUGUUGACAAAUCUAUGAAACAUGCAUGCAACGAUCAAUACAGAAUUGUAUCAGAAGCGCAAGGACUCGUUUCUCAUGAUUAUUUGAGUCAGCAUACAACGCAAUUAACGCAAUUAAGACCGGCAACACCCAUACCGUAUGUUCAAAACGUUAUUUCGGACGAUGGUACAUCAUCGUAUGGUAAACGAAAGCAAACGAAUAUGCAUGAAAUCUGUCCUCAAGAAAGUCCUAGGAAAAAGUUGUUUGGAUGGUCUAACUUUAAGAAACUUUUGGUUAAUAAAAAAAUGUAUCCAUACAAUAAGUAUCAAAUAGAUCGAGAAGAUUCCAAAUCUAAUUUACUAACAAAACAGAACGUGCAGAUCAAAACCGUAGAAACAAACGUAACGAUAUCUCCAGGAGGAAAGUAUGUAAACGGUAUUAUCAAUAAGACACCUACUUUUCCCUCUUCAUUGGACAAGAACGAUAAGAAUGCUAUACAAAUUGGAAAACAGAACUUUGAUAAUGAAAGUAAUGCAAAUUCUAGACCAUCCACCUUGCCUCUUGUAAAUUUAAAAAAUGAGAAAAGUAAGAAUAUCAGUAGACAGGAAAGUAUUGACAAGUUCAACGAGGUUUUUAACGUUGGGUCUAAUGUGAAUAUAUUAAAAGAUCCUCACAUGAGAAUAAAAACACCAGGAGACUUGCCACCUUCUGUAAGAAAAGUUCGUGGCCGUGGACAAUCAACUGCUAGAUUCUCCCUCUACGAUGAUCGGAUGAUGUGCAAUAUUUUAAGUGAGGAAGAUGACAGAAAUGAUAAAACUAUUUGGAAUUCAGUACCCCUUGGUAUGGAUCUUGGAGACAGCGAUGACAAACAUUCACCAGAUAAAUUUAGUACCAAAAACGUUACUUGCUUUUAAUCGAAUCUAAUAUUAAUAUAUUUGUAAAACUUUUUAGAAAUAAGCAUAAACAUGGCUGUAGUAUAACUUCAGCUUCAAUAUAUACGUAUGUACAGAAGAAAAAUACAAAGACAGAUUUUAUACUCUUAACAGAAA